AGAUAAAACUCAUUCUGAAGUGCUAAUAUAUAGAUAUAUUCUAAAAAUUAGUUUCAAAAUUUGUAAAAUUAUCUAUAUAAUGCAAAAACCUGUAUAACGCAAAAGCUCUGGUCCCAAGGUGUGCGUUAUAACGGUCUUCUACUGUAUUGCAAAAGACUUUUGGGAAAGGUCAAAUUUGGAACAAACUUUUGAUGAUACAUCUUCAAAACUAAUUCUUGUGUUUUUUACAAAUAAGAAAUUAAGCAGAAUACACUCUUUAAAAGGCACUUAGGGAUAACUACUAAAGUGAAAACAUCUUGUAUUGUGAAUGUAUAUUUUUUCACGUUGGUAAUUCGAAAACACCUUUGAGGAUGUAUUCUAAAGAAACACCUUUUUCUUGUGAUCAUUGCGGGAAAGCUUUUUCUCUGAACUCAACCUUGAAAGCACAUUUGAGGAUACAUACUAAUGAAAAACCAUAUUCUUGUGAUUAUUGUCCCAAAGCAUUUUCUCACAACCACAACUUGAAAGUACAUUUGAGGAUACAUACUAAAGAAAAGCCAUAUUCUUGUGAUUUUUGCAGAAAAACAUUUUCUCAGAACUCACACUUGAAACAACAUUUGAGGAUACAUACUGAUGAAAAGCCAUAUUCUUGUGAUCAUUGUCACAAAACAUGUUCUCAGAACUUAAACAUGAAAGCACAUUUGAGGAUACAUACUAAUGAAAAGCGAUAUUCUUGUGAUCAUUGUCACAAAACAUUUUCUCAGAACUCAAACUUGAAAGCACAUUUGAGGAUACAUACUAAAGAAAAGUUAUAUUAUUGCGAUUAUUGUCCCAAAACAUUUUCUCACAACUCGCACUGCAAACAACAUUUGAGGAUACAUACUAAAGAAAAGCCAUAUUCUUGUGAUUUUUGCAGAAAAACAUUUUCUCAGAACUCAAAAACAUUUUUUCAGAACUCAAACUUGAAACAACAUUUGAGGAUACAUACUGAUGAAAAGCCAUAUUCCUGUGAUUAUUGUCCCAAAACAUUUUCUCUGAACUCAAACUUGAAAACACAUUUGAGGGUACAUACUAACGAAAAGCCAUAUUCUUGUGAUUUUUGUAAAAAGAGGUUUUCACAUAAUGCAAGUUUGAAACAUCAUUUGAAGAAACAUACUGAAGAAAAACUGUAUUCUUGUGCUCAUUGUGGGAAAGCAUUUUCUCAGAACUCGGCUUUAAAAGCACAUUUGAAGAUGCAUACUAAAGAAAAACCGUAUUCUUGAUUGUUGUGGGGAAACAUUUUCUCAGAGUUCAGACUUGCAAAGACACUUGAAGAUACAUACUCAAGAAAACGCUUUUCGUUGUAAUUAUUGUAAAAAAAAAAGUUUGGCAACAGUUCAGAAAUGGAAAAUCAUUUGAAGAUGCGUACUGAGGAAAAACAUCUUGUGAUUGUUGUUAAAAGACUCUCUCUGACUUUUUAGGGUUGAAGAGCUAUGUAGUACAUGAAUAAAACAUUGACACAAUUUAAAAAAAAAAAAAAAAACUUUUGACUCUUCAAAGACGAAUGUUGAAUGCAUACUACAGUAGAAUAAAUACGUUUAUAAUACCGAUUUAUAUAACACAAUUCUAUAUAAACCACACAACUUUUCAGAAGUAAACAAAAGGUUUUGAAGUUUAAGAAAUCCCUCUGUUUUGCUUUGCAAAGAUAAAAAUUGUUAGGCAAAUUAAAUUUUGAAACAGUUUUACAUCUUUCUAUCUUAAUUCAAAGAUUUUAAAUGAAAAUUAGUAUUCACAGUAAACAGAAAACACCAGAUGGCUCUUGAAAAUGUAGCUACUAUGUAAACCAUGAAGCCAGCAGAAGUGCAGCAAAAUUCACUUUCUUUCAAUUGUGAAACAAAUUUAUUUGUGAAUGAAUAAGUGUAAUAUUAGUGCUUCUGUACUAUUUGCAAACAAAACAUUCUGAAGUUCUAAUAUACAGAUAUAUCUUGAAUAUUAGUUUCAAAAUUUGUGAAAUGAUCUAUGUUAACGCAAAAACCUGUACAACGCAAAAGCUUUGGUCUUAAGGUGUGCGUUAUAACGGUCUUCUACUGUAAAAGCAAACUAGAACUUAUAACUCUUGUGAAAAUACUUUAUCUUUAAGAAUGAAAGCAUAAAAUGACUAUUGAUGCUUCUCACUGAGAAACCAUUCUUGUAAAUAUGCAAGAGAAAUGUUUAACCAUGGCCCGACUUAAUUCUCAUAGGUCGUGACUAUCA